CCCGCCCUCAGAUCAGCUGAUGUCGCCUGGGUGGCGCUGUAACAGGGAGACGGCGGAGGAAGAAUACGGAACCGAAGUGAAUUAAGAUGGAAGGCUUGGGGGAGAGAAAGCCUUGGGGAAAGCUGUCUCGGCUCCCAGCAGCUGGCUCAGAGUCUUCAUCUGAGCUCCUUCUCUGCAAGAAGGAAUGGACAAUUGGGAGGAAAAAAGCCUGUGACCUGUCCUUCCCUGGUAACAAGCUGGUUUCAGGGGAACAUUGCAAAAUUACAGUGGAUGAAGAAUCUGGACAUGUUUCUUUAGAAGACACCAGCACAAAUGGCACAGUGAUUAACAGACUGAAAGUGGUAAAGAAACAAUCCUAUCCAUUGAAGAAUGGUGAUGUGAUCUAUCUUGUUUAUAGGAAAAAUGAGCCAGAACAAAAUGUAGCAUAUCUGUAUAAAUCAUUGAAUCAAGCACAAGACAGUAUGCAAUCGAAAGAAGAUACCUCAGAGGAAUUGGAUGAAACUCAUACUUUAUCAUCUCUUCAAGAUACUCUGUCUUAUGAUGAACCUCAGCCUUCCACUUCCACAUCCAACCUCUUUAGUACAGCCACUACCUCUGCCAGUGAGCCAGCUUCCACUAUGCAGGUUCAGCCAUCUUCAGCAGCUCCAGGGAUUCAAUGUGCAGGGACUGUGGUUGAACAUAAACAUGGCCAGCAGUCUGAAGUUAGAGUUGGUGGACACACUUCAACAAAAGAUGCUUGUGAAAUGACUGUAAUCCCUCUUCCUCAAACUGUAAAGCAAAGAGCAGAACAAGAAAAUCUUCCACCUCCAAGAAAGAAGCUCAAGACAGAGGAGGAUUUGUCAGUCAGUCAGGCUCCUGCAUCUUCCAGCUGUUCAAAAGGUUCUCCUGAAGAUCCAAAGGCUGCAACAGUGAAACCGGACAAGAUGGAAGAGACAUUGACCUGUAUUAUCUGUCAGGAGUUGCUGCAUGACUGUGUCAGCUUGCAGCCCUGUAUGCACACGUUCUGUGCUGCGUGCUACUCCGGCUGGAUGGAACGUUCCUCCCUGUGUCCAACAUGCCGCUGCCCAGUUGAGCGCAUCUGCAAAAACCACAUACUGAACAAUCUGGUGGAAGCUUAUCUGCUCCAGCACCCAGAUAAGUGCCGUAGUGAGGAAGACAGACGCAGCAUGGAUGCUCGGAAUAAGAUCACACAGGACAUGUUGCAGCCCAAAGUACGUCGGUCUUUCUCAGAUGAAGAGGGUAGUUCAGAAGACCUAUUGGAACUUUCAGAUGUGGACAGUGAAUCUUCAGAUAUAAGCCAGCCAUACACAGUGUGCAGGCAAUGCCCAGGAUAUGCCCGGCACGGCAUGCAGCAGCAGCCACCACCACCUUACCUACCACCUGUUGGAACUGAAGCAUCACAAAAUCUGGGAGAUGCCCCAUCUACUUCUGCUAAUUUUCCUGCAGCUACUCAAGAAUAUGUAUGUAGUUCCCGAGGAACCCAUGUUAUCUGCACCUGCUGCUUCCAGCCAAUGCCAGACCGAAGGGCAGAGCGUGACCAGAACCCUCACGUAGCUCCCCAACAGUGCUCUGUGUGUUUGCAGUCUUUCUGUCACAUGUACUGGGGAUGUAGCAGGAUGGGCUGUUUCGGCUGCCUUGCUCCAUUCUGUGAAUUAAAUCUUGGAGAAAAAUGUUUGGAUUCUGUGUUAAACAAUAACAACUAUGAGUCAGACAUUCUAAAGAAUUACCUGGCAUCCAGAGGCCUAACAUGGAGAGACUUACUGAAUGAAAGUCUGGCAGCUGUUCAGAGAGGAGUUUUCAUGCUUCCAGACUAUAGGAUAAAUGGAACCACAGUGCUUUGUUACUUCUGUGGCCUGCGGAACUUCAGAGACCUUACCUACCAAUACAGGCAAAACAUACCAGCUGCCGACUUACCAGUAUCUGUGACAUCACGGCCAAAUUGCUACUGGGGACGGAACUGUAGAACUCAGGUCAAAGCCCACCAUGCCAUGAAAUUCAAUCAUAUCUGUGAGCAGACACGCUUUAAGAAUUGACUCUUUCCAUUGCUCACACCUUCCUGGGUGUUUGGUGCUUGGGAUCCAAACUAACUAUAUGGAACAUUCAAAAGGGACUACUCAAGAGUCACUAAAAGAAGUGAUAACCUGCUCCGUGCAGUGUAUGUGACCUCUGAGUACUUUACAGCUUCCUGUCCAUAGGGUUAUCUGUCGUAAUUCUUAUACUACAUGACAGAUGUGGAGCAUAUGCUUAUAAUUGGGAUGUGUUUAUGGGAUAUUUGUAUGUUACACAGAUGAGGGGGCAAUAAUGAUUCAUACUGCCUUUUUUUUUUUUUUGCAGUUUUCCUAAGCAAUGCUAGUUGUAUCUGGUAUAAUUUGAGGUUUAUAAUGAUGAGGGGGAACCUGUAUAUACUGUUGUAUAUGACAUUUUGUUCUUUCUUAUUAACAGUUGUGUUGGUUAUUUAAAAAAAAAAAACUCUGUAAACAUUUGUCUGCACUCCAAAUUCCUGUGAUCUAGCACGCCUUCUGUUCAGGGCAAUUUACAUCCCUUCAAGUAGCAGAGGCGGCCUGUGCAUAUUGAUUUGAAAUCUUUGUAGUAAACAGUAAAAUCGGGAAGUGAUUAACAUUUGUAUGCGGAUCUAAUUGAAUCCUGGCAUAUCCUGCACAUCGUAUUUUCUCCUAGGAAUAUUUCUAUGCUUGGAAGGCAUUGGCUGUUUUUUUUUUUUGUCUGUUCUUCUCUCCUCCGGUUGUUUCCAAAACACAUCCUGGAGGCCAAAGGAAUAACAGUGAAGUAUGAUGCAAGACAGAAAAAAAAAGGCAGAGUAAAUGUUUUAUACUCCUGCUACCUAACCUGAAUUCUCUAUAAACAAAUAAAUACAUUCUUCACCAAAACUAUUCCUGAUGGUUGGUCCUGUUUUUGUUUAGAGCAAGCUUGUGUCACAUGUUUUACAGUGUACUAAAAGUGUAAUUUGCCAGUGUUAAUUUAGCAUUUACAACUACAAACGUAUGUAAAGAGAAAUGGACACUACUGUCAAUGAUGUGCUACACAAAUGCUUAUUUAAACAAAAAAACAAAGCAUGCACAUGGGCAUGUGAACACGAACACAUCACAAGAGGAAAUAUACAGAAGUCUGAAUUGUAAAAUCGCUCAGGACAGCCACUUUUUUAGCUGGGGGGCUUGAUGGUAAAAUUCAAGUGUCCAAUCUUGCCUUAUAUUUUGCAAUUUGUAUUUCUUUUGGGGAUGAUGGGCACACAAAGUUAACACUUUACCUAUUGUUCUUAGCAAUCUUGAUAAACCAGUGAUUAAAAAUGUGAAGCAGUCAGAUAUAUUACUACAGGGUCAGAUAAGAUUGGUAAUCAUUCCAUUCUGUUAACCAUUGUAUUCUCAUGUUGUCCUAGUUUGACAGAUAGUGUAGAAACAGCUGUCAGCUCCCAUGUUACAGUGUAUUAUUCUUCUUCCAUUCUUUUGUACCUGUAAUGAAAAUGUGGCGUGUGGAAAAAAUAGAUUUCUUUUGUAUGAUGACUUGACAGCAUAUGUAUCCAAACAAUGGGCAUCCAGAAUUCAGAUUUCAUUUUU